AUGGAGGAUGAGGGGGAGGAGGAGGAGGAGGAGGAGGAGGAGGAGGAGGAGGAGGACGUUGGCGAAGAAGAAAAGCAACAAGAUCCUUCUAUUCCUGCCCUGGACCCGUCGCCGCCGCCAGACGUCAACACUGGAGAUGACGAGGCAGACGAAGCACCGGGUGGUGGCUUCAGGGAGCCAUCUACUAGUUCUUUCUCCGGCUCUGACGAAGAGGACAUCGACGGAGACAGCGACGCGGCCAGAGAAUCUCCGCUACGAGGAGAUGCCAAGUGGCGCCCUUGGAGGAGGGUCGAUAUGGCCAGGAACAAAUAUUCAGGCAACGGACAAGAAGACGAUGACGUCGGCGACGCGUUGUUCAGUUCGUCCGUGUGCAAUCAGGGGGGGGGCGCGGCUUUCCCCGAGGCAGAUGGCGUGGCUGACUUUGACGAUGCUCCUAGUGAGAUGGAUUGUGGGGACUACAGUUUUGACGGUGGUUUUGAUGGUGUGGCGACACGCCCCGCGGAAGAUGGCAUAGAAGAACGUGAGGACAACGUACAGGAUAUGAGGCGCGGGUACAUUAGCCACAACGUAGACCUCGGCGGUGGUGUAGAGGAGGCGAAAGGAGAAGGUUGUGCCGAGGAUCCGGGAAACGUUGGUGGCACUCGCGAGGGUACCGUAGACGAGCGCCUGUGGUGCCGACAGAAUGGAUGUCCCUAUUCUGUCGAUGGACUUGGUGGCGAUGGUAGCAGCGGUGACUCAGUGAUUGCCGGCGCAGGCGCGAACGCCGCCGGCGUUCACCGGUUGAAGAGAGGAAGGACAUAUGAGCAGGGGCCAUUUCAGGAUACCCAGACGGACGGCAGCGCGACAUUGCAGCCUGCAACCGCCGCCGCCAACUCCGUGGCCGGGACCACUGUGGUGGCUGCAGCAACGGGGGGAGCAAGGGGGGCGUCGAGGGGGGAGGAGACGCGGACGAGGGUGUCGAUCGGGCGGACGCACCCAUCUACAUGA